AUGAAAAGCCCAAGUAGUGUGAAGGAGGUGCAGCGCCUGACGGGGCGGAUUGCAGCCAUAUCCAGGUUUCUCCCUCAUUCGGGCGACAAGUCGGCUCCGUUCUUCAAAUGCCUCAAGAAGAACGCGACGUUCGAAUGGAGUUCGGAAUGUGAAGAAGCCUUUACUCGCCUUAAAGAAAUGUUGUCUGCACCGCCCGUUAUGUCGAAUCCUGUCCAGGGUCUUCCUUUGCAUUUGUAUUUUUCCGUCAGCGAUCAUGCGAUCAGCUCGGUAAUCCUCCAGGAGGUAGAUGGAGAACAAAAAAUAGUUUACUUUGUAAGCCAUACACUCCAAGGGGCGGAAAUCAGGUAUCAGAAGAUAGAGAAGGCGGCGCUCGCCGUCCUCGUUACCGCCAUACGCUUAAGACCUUACUUUCAAAGCUUUCAGGUAAAAAUAAGGACUGAUCUUCCUCUGAGACAGGUGUUGCAGAAGCCAUAUUUGUUAGGAAGACUCGUCGCUUGGUCGGUUGAGUUAUCGGAAUACGGUUUGCAAUAUGACAAAAGAGGGAAGGUCGGUGCGCAGACUUUAGCUGAUUUUGUGGUGGAGUUAACGCCCGAAGACGUUGAGAAGGUGAGCACGCAGUGGACGUUGUUUGUUGAUGGGUCAUCGAACGACAGCGGAAGUGGAGCAGGGGUCACGCUACAAGGACCUGGGGAGUUAGUAUUAGAGCAGUCCCUCAGAUUCCAGUUUAAAGCCAGCAUUAAUCAGGCAAUGUAUGAGGCUCUGAUCGCAGGUUUGAAGCUAGCAAUUGAGGUGCAAAUCGAUAGUUUGCUGGUUAGAACGAACUCGCUGUUAGUAGCAAACCAAGUAAACGGGGAAUUCCAUGUGAAGGAACCAGCCUUGAUAAAAUAUCUGGAGCGCGUACAACUAUUGAUGGGUCGAUUGCAAGAGUUCGUAGUUGAGUUCAUGCCAAGGGCGCAAAAUCAAAUGGCGGACGCCCUAGCAAGAUUGGCAAGCACUCGAAUGCCCGGAAAUAAUCGAAGUGUGAUUCUAGAGACACUCGCCAAUCCUAGCAUAGAAGGAGAGUUGGUAGCCUCAAUUGACCGCCAAAAAACUUGGAUGGACCCCAUCGUAGACAUCUUGGUAGGAGAGCCAAGUGAGGUAAUGAAGUACUCAAAGGAACAAAGGAGAGAGGCGGGACACUACACGUUACUUGAUGGGAUACUCUUUCGACGAGGAUUUAGUUCGCCCCUCCUUAGGUGUCUUCCACCUGGGAAAUAUGAGGCUGUUAUGGCAGAAGUUCACGGGGGGGUUUGCGCUAGUCACAUCGGAGGAAGGUCUCUGGCAAGCAAAGUCCUCAGGGCAGGUUUUACAACAUGA